AGCUGCCCAUAGCUAAUAUGGCGGCCGGGGAAGGGACUGUCGCGUCACGUGAUCCAUUUUCGGAGCUGCCGCGGGUGAAUUGCACGUGUGACAGGCAGGGACUGAGCUGGACUGUGUAGAAGAGCCUGCAAGAGGAGAAGCCAUGUUCACAUCUAAGCUGCUCACCCUGGUGUUGGUGGUCCAGCCGCAGAGAAUUUUGCUGGGCAUGAAGAAACGUGGCUUUGGUGUCGGCCUGUGGAAUGGGUUUGGUGGUAAAGUGCAGCCGGGAGAAAGCAUCGAGGAAGCUGCAAAAAGGGAACUCUGGGAAGAGAGUGGCCUAACAACCGAAACCCUCCAGAAAAUCGGAAACAUAAAAUUUGAGUUUGUCGGUAGCACGGAGCUGUUGGAUGUCCACGUCUUCCGUGCAGAUGUGUUUAAAGGGGACCCGACUGAAAGCGAAGAAAUGCGUCCCGAGUGGUUUGCGCUAGACGAGAUCCCUUAUGAUGGCAUGUGGCCGGAUGACUACUUGUGGUUGCCCCUGUUGUUGCAGAAGAAGAAAUUCCAGGCCUACUUCAAGUUCGAGGGACAUGAUAAAAUUCUGGACUAUACGCUGGAAGAAGUAGAAGAAGUUUGAGGAGGAACGUGCUGAAGUGUCUGGCGGAGAAGUUUAUUGUAGGUCUUUUCUAUUGCACGGUUAGGCUGCGGUUACUUGGGCGCAUUAUCAUGGUUGCCAACAAUCCCAAAUUUGCAGGAACUGUCCCCAAUAUUCAGAGACAGUCCCCAGCAAAUUCAGGCUGUAUUGGGCUGAAAAUGGGUGGGGCUUGCGUAAGCCUCACCCAUAAGUGGGCAUUCUCGGGGCAGGGCUCUCAUGCCCAAAUUUACCAACUAAAACGAUUUUUGUUCGGGUUAUUAGACAGACUAGAAUUGUGCCCAUAUUGCACUUGUGUGGCACCACCUCAGCCUUGUGCAGUCUCUGGAGACGGUUUUUACUUUGGAUGUUUUUAAUAUGAUGCUGUUUAUCCGCAGUAGCAGGUAGUGCACUUUACUAGAUCGUCCAAGAUGGGUGGGUAAGAUGGAUUGGUUGCUCUCCUAUUUUAUCCUUUACACCAGUUUUGAUAUAUCUUAAAGGGGUUGUACACCCCUGGGGACCUUUUCUGCAGACUUCCCAGCGUGUCCGGACCCACGGUGGCAAUCAAACUUACCUGAUCGCCGCUGCUAGAUUCUGACUCCAUUGCUUCCCCCUCCGACGCCACAGAUCUCCCCGUGUCAACAUCCAAUUUGAUCACGUGGCCGCAGCAGCGACGUGUCAUGUGACGCUCAAGUGACACGUUACCGCUGCAGCAUGACACAUGUCAAACCGGAAGACCCCAGGGGGAGCAAUUGUGGUAUCAAGUAAGGUAUGAUUCCCACAGUGGCUCUGGUCACGCUGGGA